UUUUUUCUUUUGGUCCUUGAGGGGUCGUUCCACUUGACUGAGUCGGACUUAUAACUACGCUACCUUACCUUACCUGGUGUGAGUGAGUACACGAAUACACCGGAGAUUGAAGUUGAUCUAUCACCCUCGAUUCAUCACACGGGAUCCAUCAGACUGAGACUAAGUCUGAGUCUACUUGUGUUACGGAGGGAGUACUUGCCCACUCUUUUUCCAUCAUCAUCAUCUUUACUAGUUACCUACUGCCACUACUACCUGCUGCCAUCUACACCUACUCUCCAUACUUCUACCACCUACCACCUUACUAUAAUUCAAUAUAAUUCAAUCAAUACCACUCAUCCCAUAUAUCCUCACUCACCUCGACCACGACCACAACCACAACCAUGUCCGCCCACAACGAACCCCAACAUACACAAACACCUACCCCCAGCCUCCACCUCCACACCACCUUCGCUCUCCCUCCACCAUUCUCCUCGCAAAACCACCACUACAGCCACAGCCACACCCACACCCAGAAACCCGCUCCCAAAAGAACCACCACCACCACCCUCCUCACCCCCUCCACCUCGCCCACCAUCUCCCCGCUCAGCUCCACAACCACCAGUCCAACCUCCUCGCCCAUCUCCAACCCGGAAUCCAUCUCCUCCACCUCCUCCGCCUCGCUAUAUUCGACGGCCUCCCCGCCGCCAUUCGCCUUCCACCGCUUACACUUCCCUUCCUCGGGGGCCACCACCACCACCAGCACCAAGCCGCAACACAAAUACAACCCCCACCCACCCACCAAACAACGAGAUCUCACCACCCCACCCCUCAGUCCACAUUUAGUCCCCUUCACCCCGGCGCUGAGGACACCUACCACGCAGUCGCAGACGCAGACGCAGUCACAGCACCAGCACCAGCACCAGCAGGAGCAGGACCAGGACCGAGUCCUCCCACCCCUCUCCCUCCUCUCCCUCUCCCCCUCACUCUCCCGAUCGUCAUCGCCCUCGCCCUCGCCCUCGCCUUCCCUAACACUGGGACCGGGACUGGGACUGGGACUGAAUCCGCAGCCUCACACUCCUCGACCACUACAGCUGCAGUCGCAGCACCACCACCAACUCAGACCCAGAAACCUCUCGAAAAUCGAGAAGGAGGUGCUUGAGGAACAAGGCCGCGCGGCGGGGGAUGCGGUGGAGCGGGUGGGGUUGGGGAUGUUGGAGCCCAGACCGUCGUUGCCUUGGACUGCUGCGGCGGGGGGGAUAGGAGGGAUGGGGAUGGGGAUGGGGAUAGGGAUGAUCGGCAGCGGCAGCGGCAGCGGCAGGGGGGGUCUGGGAGGGGUAGUGGCGGCGUUUGAGGGGAUCGAGGAGGUUUUGGCGGGGUGA